AUGAACACUGAAAAUUACUUGAUUUGCUUCAAGUUGCCAAUUUUAAUUUUAAAAACCUUUGGAUUUUGGAAAGAAGAGCCGUGGUCAAAACUUCGAUGGAUGUAUUCAAUUUUAAUACGUUAUCUGUUUUUGGAUUGCAUUGUGAUCGCAUAUUCGGUACAUCUGAUAAAAUCAUUGGGUAUAAGAUCAAUAGCGGACAUAUCGACUACUUUGAGUUAUUUGCUGACAAUUUAUGGAUUGUUUUUCAAAAGUAUGUGGAUUAUCAUCAAACAGAAAAAGAUUAGAAGUAUGAUGAAAUCUUUGGAAGAACUUCUCAAAGUCACUUCAUUUGGAAAAACAAAUGAGAGAAAUUUGAUGCAACAUGAGAACAAUCGAAUGAUGAAAGUUGAGAGAAUAUUUUAUGGCUCAUCAAUUGUUUUGGCUUUCUUUGUGCUUAUUAAAGCGAUAGCUUUUGACUCAAGGAUUGGAAAAAUUCCUCUUGAUACUUGGAUAUUCUUUAAUAUGGAGCCCAACUCAUUUCUUUAUUGGUUAGUUGUUGCUCAGGAGUGUUUCGCGACAUUAUUUGUUAUUAUAGUAAACUUUAGUCUCGACAUGAUUCAGAUUGUAUUCAUGCAUUAUUUGACUGUAAUGUUGAAGGAACUUUCUAUUGAAAUUGAGAGUAUUCAACCUGAAGAUGACACAAAAGAUUAUGACAGAUUUUGUAAAUGCGUCGAUUGCUUUGUUCAACUUAAGGAUCUUGGAGGAGAAAUAUCAACUCAUCUAUCAUUGACCUUCUUCGUUCAAGCAAUACUAAGCAGUGUGAUUCUUUGUACAUCAGCAUUUUUAUUAUCUACACUUUCUUUUACAAACGAAAUGCCAAUCAUUAUAAGAACAGUCAUCUACGGUAUCUCAAUGAUGAUUCAAAUAUUUUUACCUUGUUACUAUGGAAACGAAUUAACUUUAAUUUCGAAUAAAAUAUCAACAACUUUAUUUCAUUCAAAGUGGUUAGAUGGAAGUAAGAAGUACAAGAAAGCUGUAACAAUAUUUAUGGAAAACGCAAAACGAUCAAUUAACAUUUCUGCAUUUGGAUUUGUCUUCGUUGACAUUGGCACCUUAACAACAAUUUUAAAUUCAACAUACUCACUUUAUGCUUUAGUUAGCAAACUUAACACAAAAUAA